CCAACCGAAGUUACAAACCGAAGAAGAAGAAAAAGCAGACGAGGCAGAAGAAGACGCGCUGCGUCACGUGAUAGUCCCACAUCGUCACGUGAGACACGCAGGCGAUUUUGGCGUUUCCGGAUUUGUAAGUGGAGUAAAAAUGACUACUGCACUGACUCAAGGUUUGGAGAGAAUACCAGGCCAGCUCGGAUAUCUGGUGAUCAGCGAGGAGGGCGUGCUUGCAUCUUCAGGAGAGCUAGAGAAUGAUGAACGUACUGCAGGUGUGAUCAUGCAGAUGGUCCGCACAGCGUGUCGAUUCAGGCUUCACAGCGCAGCAGAGCCUCCUCUCAAACGCAUGUCAGUCAUUUUUGAGGACUACGUUUAUGCUGUAACUAUUUCCGGACAAAAAGUAUUUGUAGUGAAACGUCAGAACAACCAACGGGAACCUGUGACUGCCUAAUGUUGAAAAGGAAAUGCAAAUUAAAGGACAAGUAAUUCCUUCAAAAUAAAUCCUUGGAAUAGUACACCACCUUAGCCUGAUGCCAACCUGAGGAUGAAGGAAUACUGAUAGUAAACAUUUCUUCUGUAGUCUGAUACAAAGAAUCAUGCUUAAAAUGUUUCAAACACCUGGGUGUGUCUUAACUGCUCUGAAAAUAUCUAAUUAAUUUUGUUCCUCAAUAAUAUGCAUUUUUGUGGCGGAGGGCAGUGGUGGUAUAUCAGACUUAAUGACUGUAUUAAUGCUGUAUUGUAUGUGGAUGAUGUUUAACUCAGUGAUGCAUUGUAAUGUUUUUUUGUGCAUCUGUUCCACUAGUAACAAAAUGUCAGUAUUUAUCCAAAAUAAUUUCUGUUUUAACUUUUGUCUUUUCAUAAAUCUGUUAAUAAUUUUCUUUCUAUUUCUCCAAUUAUGUUGUACCUUUACUUGAUAGGUUCCCAACCUUGGGGCUGCAACCUCACAUGGGAAUGCCUGAGAUGCGGAUGGGGUCAAUUUUUACCAGCCAUAAUUUAACCUUUCUUCUGGUAUUUGUUUGACAUUUAAUAAUUAUUAAAUCUGUCAGAUCAUUAUUAUUAUUAUUAUUAUUAUUAUUAAAGUUUCAUUAGCCUUCAUUCAGUUUGGAGCAACUCUUAAGCCCAUUUUACACCUCAUGCUGCAUCCAACAUACUGUCAUGUUAAACAAAGUGGGCUUUACACCAGACACUGGCAACGUGGAUAUUUAAAAUAAAAGAAUGCAUAUUUUAAUUUGCAGUGUAAGUCCAUAAUCUAAACAGCACACAGGCAAAUUUCAGUGUGUAGCCUACUGUGUUGCUCUGAUGUGUCAGUAAAAAUCCAGAAUUCAAACUCUAAAAGGGUCGAGGUGGAGUAACAGAACUCAUGUUUAACAAACUAUAUGUUUAAUAACAAACAUAUGCAUUCGUAAUGCGUCUUUAUAAUAUUUAAAGAUAUUUGCAUGUGCAAGAAAUCACAGAAAAUACUGCUCCACCCCACAGGGUGAUUCAGCGUGAGCUGAUUCUCAGUUGGAUCAGAUUCAGAUGUGUUUUAUUAACAAUACUGAAUUAAAUAUGUAACAAUAUGAAAGCAGUUGGUGUGGAAAGGGCUUUGUUGAAAUAAAAUGGUGGGCUUUUGUUAUCUUUUUGUA